AUGCAGGGCCACUUUGUGAUCAUCUCUCUAUCAGGUUCAUUUCUGCUUACAGAUGAUGGUCGCACUCAUAGCAGAAUUGGUGGUUUGAGCGUGGCAUUAGAUGGUCGUGUUCUUAAGGGUAGUGUGGCUAGAAUGUUGAUGGCAGCAAGAACUGUGCAGGUUGUCAUGGGCAGUUUCAUUGCAGAAGGAAAAAACCCAAAGCCAGAGCCAUUGAAACGUGAACCCUCAUCAGCCCCUCCUCCAAUGGCAGACUCUGGGGUUGCUUGGGCAGCAAGCCCACCCUCUGAAGGGACAUCAAGCGAAUCAUCUGAUGACCCUGGUAGCCCCAUCAACCAAAGUGGUACCUGCAACAAUUCAAGCCAGCACAUUCAGUCUGCAUUUGCUUCCGUUGAUUGGCCAUACUCUGCAAAUCCGGACAGAUAUGAUUCUGACAUGAAAAUAAUGCCCAACUAACAAAAUUCGGUUUUGAAGCCUUGCUUGCUUGAAGGUCUUAGGAGUUGGAUUAGUGUAUUUCUUAGCAGCCUUUAAAAGUUGCUUCCUUCAGAGAGAGGAGUUAGGAACCUAUCCUUUUCUUGCCUCUAACUUGUACCACUGCCAGUGCAAGUUUACAACAGAAUUUUC